AUGUCGACUGAAACACCGGUCUCAAGUGGUUCAUCAUUGACGAUUGCUGACGUAGUUGCUAUGCUGAACGUCAUGAAGGAGGAUCAAAAGAGGAUGGAGUUGGACCUCGGGAAGUCUAUGGAGGCCUGCCAUGAGGGAAUCACCGAGCUAAGUGUGAAGCAAGAGGAGCGGAACGAGAAAUUUGAAACUUGUCUAAAUACUAUAGAGGAGUUAACUAAGAAAGCUGUGAAGUUGGAACGGGAAAAUGCUGCAUUGAAAGAACGUGUAGAGGAUCUAGAACAAUACUCGAGAAUUAACAUGGUCGAAAUACGAGGCCUGCCUCAGCAACCCAACGAAGACCUGAACUCGAUGGUCUACAACAUAUCGAGUGCUCUCGGCUGCCAGAUCGGGGAGGAUGCCAUCGACGUGUGUCAUCGCCUGGGUCGCGCUGGACCGGAGGGGCCUGCUCCGGUUGUCGUCAAGUUCAUUAGGAGAACCGACAAAAACACGCUCCUACAGAAGAGGCGAGUGAAGCGCGAUUUUUCGACCAGGCAUAUCGACUGUAAUACUGAUCAACCUAUCUACAUCAAUGAGUGUUUGUCGCCGUCAAGAAGGAAACUUUUCUCAUUGGCUAGAUCAGCGCACAAGGAACACCGUUUUAAAUUUCUUUGGGUGAGAGACUGUAAAAUUCUAAUGAGGAAGCAGGAAAAAAGCCCAGUGAUCGAACUCAAAUCAAGUGGACAAUUAGAUAUGCUACUAUCUCAAAGCUCAUUUACGAUUCAUGAUGUUGACAAUUCUAAGGCCAGUGCAAAUGUAUAG